UCGAGAGCAAAUCGACGCCGUUAGCAAGCAGAAGAACGAGUUGGAGUCGAGUUUGAAGAGUCGUGAAGUGGAGCUGCACGCACUCGGCGUCAGGGUGGAGGAGGAGCAGAGUCUCGUGGCCAGAACACAACGUCAGCUCAAAGAGAAUUCAGGCAAGGUGCAAGAGCUGGAAGAUGAGCUGGAACACGAACGUCAGUUGCGACAAAAGGCGGAUCGAGCGCGCGCCGAGCUGCAACGUGAGUUGGACGAGGCCAGUGAACGACUGGACGAACAGGCCGGUGCCACCACCGCCCAGGUGGAGCUGAACAAGAAACGUGAAAUGGAGCUGGCCAAGCUCAGACGUCAAGUCGAGGAGGCGAAUCAAGCCCAGGAGACCGCGGUGGCCUCAUUGCGUAAGAAGAAUGCUGAAGCGGUGGCCGAGUUGAGUGGCCAAUUGGACGAACUGCAA